AUGCAUUUCAAGACGAUUAUCUUGGCGGGUUUGUCCUCGCUCGCAGCCAUCUCUGCUCUUCCUUCUGGAUCACACGACGCUCAUGUGAUGCCCCGCCACCACCGACACAUCCGAGCUCGCAACGUCGAUCCCGCUCCUUCCAAAGUCAAGCGCUGUCCCGGCGCCAACACUAGCGCCGAACCCGACGAGGUCAAUCCUACGGGUGCUUAUGGUGCCAAUGCCGCCAAACCCACGACGACCAAGGAGCCAUCUUCUACUGUUUCUGCGUCCGAGCCUGCUGAAACCGAAACUGAGACUGGGAGCGAGAGCUCUACUGCCGAGCCUUCGUUGCCUUCUGGUGGAACUGGCGGAAUCGCCAUUAAUGACAAGCUGUUGGCUCUUUUCCCGGGUGGUACCUCGGCCAAGGGCUCCAAGUGGUCCACGAACCCCGCCUUCAGCAAUUCCAUUGCUCUCAGCGACGAAGCUCUCCGCGCAACCAAGAUGAUCGCACGUCUUAGCCACCCUGUCGUUGAAAAGGAAGGCAAAAAGGCCAUGGAGAUCACCUUCAACGCUGGCUCCUUCGCAUACCGCUCCAAGGCUCUCGGCGGUGUAUCCUUCUACGCUCUCGGCCCCGCCAGCCAACCCUUGACCAACGCCAAAGUCAUGACCUUUUCCUUUGGCCUCAUGUUCCAAGACGGCUUCCAGUUCAAAAAGGGCGGCAAGCUCCCCGGUCUCUACGGCGGAACAUCCGAUAGUGUGGCCACCGGCUGCUCGGGCGGACGCCGCUCCGACGACUGCUGGUCCUGCCGAUUCAUGUGGCGCUCCAAUGGUGCUGCCGAGCUCUACACUUAUUUACCCCCCUCGGCCGAGGCUGUCAACAAAAAGGCCGCGUGCUCUGGGCCUGGUGCGACGUGCGACGGAGACUAUGGCUGGUCGCUCGGUCGCGGCGAGUGGAAAUGGGAGACUGGAAAGUGGCAGACGAUUGCCCAAAAGGUCACUUUGAACGAUGUUGGGAAGAGCAAUGGCGAGAUGAUUGUUUAUUACAACGGCGCGGUCGUGUACAGUGCCAAGAACAUUGUCAUUCGGACCAAGGACAAUGCGGAUCCCAGGGGCGCGAUGGUCCAGUCUUUCUUUGGUGGACACGACGAAUCAUGGGCAUCUCCCAUCAAACAGAAACUCUGGAUCUCUGAUCUGUCCAUGGCCGUUCUCGAGUAA